AUGGCGCUCGGCGAAAGCGAUGCCUCCUUGACAUCAUCAUCACAUACUAUGAUGGCUAUGCCUCCAGCGUCCGACCUCUCCAAUGUGUCCGCAACCGCAUCAAGCGUUGAACUGACCGAACUACUCGCCCCUAGUAAUCGGCAAAAUUUCAUAAUUCCUGCGCCUGACAUUCCUGAUGCGAGUCUACAUUUUGUCAAGAGUAUUCUAGAUGACUUUGCUGGGGCACUCGCUGAUGAACAAUCAAGUCGACUGAAGACUAAAAAUAACAAAGGUCGUGCUGGUGGCAGGUCUAAUGCAAGAUCUAUGCUUCAAAUAAGAAAAAUUCACACCCAUGGAUUCGAAGUGGAAAAGAUAUGGGAACAGGCGCGGCGGGUUAUCGAUGCCCUCAGAGAAGAUGUAGAAGAGAAUCUACAGGAAAUAGAGCAAUUGAAGUCAAGUAACCACACUGACACACAGUCUAAGGAAAUUGCCGAGACAAUGAAUCUUACUGAGGAUAAUUCUCAAUUACAGUCUAGUGGCAAAGCAGAACAGGAUGAUCCAAACACGACUGACCAAGAAGACAACUCCGAAAUGGACGAGGCAAGUGAAUUUUACGAUGAACAAGACCUGCAAGAAGAAUCUGACAAAGACAAUUGGGAGGAUGAAAUUCAGGAAGAUGAGAUUGGUGAUAAACAUAGCUCAAUAGCUACUUAUCAUGAGGAUCCACACGGCCUUAACGAUGGAUUUUUCUCAAUCGAUGAAUUCAAUAAAUUGACAGAAUUUCUUGAACACCAGGACACUAUGGCAGAUGAAGUCAUGGGCGACUCCAGUGAUGAUGAAGAGAUUGACUGGGACGCAGAUCCUUCAGCAAAGAAUGUCAACUCAAUCUUCAAAACUCAGAAAAAAUCCAAAACAAACCCCAAAAAUGAUGAAGAGGCUUCGGAUGGACCAACCUUUGGAGAUAUGGAUCUCAACGCUCCCGAUGGAGAGAGCGAUGAAGACGAUUUCGAUGGGAUGGAGGAGGACACUGAUACAAUUGGUGAUAAUACUAAUGAUAUAAUGUAUCAAGAUUUCUUUCAACCACCACCUCGAAAAAUUGGUAAAGGCGAGCGUCAAGCAAAUUAUCUUGAAAGAAACCAAAAGAAACGUGAUGCGUUGGAGCCUGAAGAUCAAGAAGCCACUCUGAAAAGAGCCAUGGCUGAUGUUCGUCGAGAUAUUUUCGAUGAUAAUUCGGAACAUAGUAACUCAGACGAGGAAGCUUUAGAAAUAGACCCAGCCGACCCCCGAACUAGAAGAUCCGCGCACGAGCGUAAACAGGCUAAAAUACUGCAGGAGAUUCAACGGCUUGAAGCAAAAUCUAUAGCCAAGCGGGAAUGGACACUCUCUGGUGAAGCACGGGCAUCAGAUCGGCCACAAAAUUCUCUAUUGGAACAAGAAAUCGAUUUUGAAAGAACAGGUAAACCAGUCUUGGAGGUAACGGCAGAAAUAAGUGAGAGUAUCGAGGAACUAGUAAAGCGAAGAAUAUUGGCGCAGGAGUUUGAUGAGGUGAUUCGACGGCGUCCUGAAGAUUUGAUAAAAACAAAUUUACGAAAAGGUGCGUUUGAGCUUGACGAUAGCAAACCUCAGCAAAGCUUAGCAGAGAUGUAUGCCGAGGACCAUUUGAAGGCUAAAAACCCCGAGACUCACAUGAGCAAGGCUGAUGAGAAGAUCAAAAAGGAAGAGAAAGAGAUUGAGAUAUUAUGGAAAGAAUUAAGUGCAAAGCUUGACGCAUUGAGCAGCUGGCACUUCAAGCCCAAGGCUGCCGCUCCAAGCUUGACCGUGGUAUCAGAUGUGGCUAAAGUUUCAAUGGAAGACGCACAACCUACUAUGGCAAGCGGUAUCAAUGGAAGUGAAAGUAUGUUAGCACCACAAGAGAUCUACAAGGCCGGCAAGGAUAAGCAAGAUAUCGCGAAGGGCGAAGUAGUCCUCGCGAGUGGUGCACCGGUAGCGCGAGAGGAGAUGACUAGAGAAGAAAAACUAAGGCGAAGGAGGAGAGCCAAGGAAAGACUUAAGAAGCGCGGAGAAUUGGAAACCAAUAAGGCUCAGCGCAGCGUAAAGACGAAUCAAAAUAAAGAAACACUUCUUGAUCUUAAGAAAGGAGGAGUAAAAAUGAUCGGUAAAAAAGGCGAUGUACGCGACAUGAAUGGGCGUCAAGCCGAUACUUCAGCCAGUUAUUUAGGUGCUGGUAGAUUUAAAUUGUAA